AGUACCAGAUAGGGGAGGUGAAGAAGGUGUUUGACGGCCCGUAUAAGGAGUACAGAGAGGGCUCCCAGAGAUGGGGACGAUACACUGGCACUGUCCCCAGCCCACGGCCCGGAGCGUGCAUUACAAGCUGGCAUAGGGAGAACGGCUACAACAGCUCUCUUCAGUUGCCAGACGCCACUCUCAACUUUGCCAAGAAGCACCCUCUGAUGGAGGAGAAGGCUCAGGCUCGCCCCCUACUGCUCACCAAGGGCAUCAACUUCACCCGCCUGGCAGUGGACCGGGUCAGCGCCCUGGACACGCGGGCAUAUAACAUGCUCUUCUUAGGCACAGCGGACGGCUGGUUACAGAGGGUAGUGAUCCUCGGCUCGGAGGCCCAUGUGAUUGAAGAGAUACAGCUGUUUGAUUCUCCCCAGCCAGUGGACAGCCUAACCAUCUCUCACACCAAG